GCACACCUCUACACCAUCCAGUGUGGUGUAGAGGUGUGCUUCCCAUACAUAUCGGAGAUGGCGGGUGUGGUAGAAAAAAGGAACAGGGUUGCCGGUUUCCGGAGUGGUCGUUUCGAGACUACUGGGCAGUAUGUAUCUGCACAUGCUGCAGAUUAAUACUGCCCAGUAGUUGAAAACCCAAGGGUCGACAACACCAAGGUUGAAGAUCCAAGGGUCGAGAAGACCAAGGUUGAAGAUCCACGGGUCGAUGACCCCAGGGUCGAAGAACACAAAGACGGUGGUUUGUGGUGGAGAAAAGGAACAGAGGGUCCUUCGUGGUCUGCCUUGGGUGUGGAAGAUUCUCCUCCCAACACGCCUGGGAGUGAAUCUUCGAGAAUACCAACAGCGGUCAGGAGCUUGACAACAAUCGAUGCCACAAGCUGGAUCGUCAGCCGCGAAAAGUUGUUGAAGAUUUCCACAUCGACAAUUUGAGGUCAAGAUGAUUUUCCUGGAAAUACAGGAAACUGUCGUCGAAUUUCCACAGCCGUCCGCUGGAAUCAAAAUCGAGAUGGCUUUCGAUUCCGAAGAGAGUAACGAUGCGGCAAACAACGAAGAGCAUCGUAUGCUUUCCGGCGAGUUGCGCCAGCGAAUUACGGAGUGGUUAGGCUGCGAUGACGAAGACAACACUGGCAGUUCAAGGAGUUCACAUCGACAAUUUGACCUCUGAGAUGAUUUCUCUGGGAAUCGACUUCCCACAGCCAUCCACCGGC